AUGACUGGUAACAAGAGCACUCAUUUCUCGACCCCAACCAGGCCGAGACUGCCCGAGCAGAGUCAAACACCAUCCGGGAAGCUCCCAGUCUCAUCUCGCCAGCACCGUUCAGACCCAGAGUCGACAGAGCAGCAGGAGAGUGCCCAUCUGUCAUCGUCAGUCAAGCACGAACCAGCAGAUGCGCCGCCGUCUGUACGCAAAAGAAGAUCGCCUGCGAAGAAGACAGGGACCAUUAGCGAGCACUUCAUUGAGGACCGUGUAGAUCUGUAUAAUACGACUGCUGGGAAGAGGCGCAAAGUCCCUGCUGGACAAUCUGGCAAUCCCUUCCCACCCAUUGGCCAAUCAUUUUUUGGCAUCAUACAGGAGAAGACAUGGCAAGAACCCUUCUGGAUGAUCGUGGCAACUGUUCUUCUAAACAAGACCACUGGCAGGCAGGCAGCCCCAACAUUCUGGAAGAUCAAGAGGAGAUGGCCAGAGGCUGCGGAUCUUGCCAACGCCGACUACGACGAGCUCUUCGAGAUGAUCAAGCACCUUGGUCUACAGCAUCAACGAACGAAGAGAUUACAAGCUCUCGCUGCUGCUUGGCAUGCCGACCCACCUCAAACUGGUAAGAGGCAUAGAACGCUUCACUAUCCUGGCAAGGGGGACGGCAAGCAAUUCAAGAAAGACGAGACGAUAGAGGAAGAUGCAGACGACUGCGCCGGAGCCCUCGAGAUUGCUCAUAUUCCUGGAUGUGGACCGUACAGCUGGGACAGCUGGCGAAUCUUUUGCCGAGAUGUGCUGCGUGGAGUGGCCGAGGACUAUCGAGGUACCAAUUCCAAGCAAGAUGGCUUCGAACCAGAAUGGAAGCGCGUUGUGCCGGGAGACAAGGAACUCCGAGCUUGCCUGCGAUGGAUGUGGCUGAAGGAGGGCAUUGUGUGGGAUCCUCUGACUGGUAACAAGAGAGACGCAACAGCUGAAGAAAUGGAGAAGGCGGAACGAGGAGAAGUGGAACUUGAAGACGAAGUCGAGGCUAAGUUUGCUGCGCAAGCUGCUGGGGCGGACAUUUCCUCGCCUGAGAAGGUCACGAGAGGGGACUAUGCUUUAGAUCAAGAGUCAAGGAGGGAGCUACGGGCAUUGGAUAUACCCAUCGAUGGUCCAGCCACAACACAGGAGGUCGACAAAGGCGCUGACUGGGCUCUCAAGAAUUCGCAGGCGCAAACGACUGAUGCGGAAGGCUCUCAGCGGGAGGCGAGCUCCACCAAGGAGCCUGUCACGAAUGUUGGCAAAUCGAACAUUGUUCAGCGGAAGCGAAGGAAGACAAGCGACACUCGGGAUGAGCAAGUUCAGUCUGAGGCAGCGCCAGUGACGACAAGGAGGACGAGGGCCAAGAAGGGCGAUGUUCAACAUGAGGAGACGACAGAGUCGCCAGCUGUAAAGAAGACGGCGCCUGUGAAGAAGAGCGAAGCGACCAACACAGUGACAACUAGACGGCAAAGUGCUCGACUGUUGGAGAAUACUGGUUUGGUGUAA